CAACACCGUAUGUCAGAAUACGUGGCCCGAAGGUUUACGAGAUUUGUGCCUCUUGUUUAUAUUUUUUAUUGCAAUAAUUCGACAAAAAUCGCUUUUGAAGCCAUAGUGUGGCUUCCAACAAGAUGAUGAAUUCGCAAUACCUUCCCCCCGGACAAAAUAACAAUGCACCGAACAACCCCAUCGGUUACCCGCCGACGGCACAAGACUUCAACGGAGUUCAGAACGCGAACAUGUUCAACCAGAUGCCUCAGAAUGGGCCACAGAUGGGCGGCAAGCCAUUCGACCAGAACGACAUGGCGCAGAAAAUGCAGACAAUGAAUAUCAAUGGACCGGGCUUCCCACCUUCGCAGAUGCCAUCGGGGCAACUCCCUCCUGGAGCAAAUUUCCCUCCCACAUCCAACUUCCCGAUGGGCCAAUUACCACCUGGUCAAAGGCCACCGGGCCAGUUCCCUCCAGGCCGACCCCCAGUUAGUGGAGCACCCCCACAGAUGAUGCCCCCCCAAAAACAAGGCCCUCCGUCCUCUCAACCGGGCCCUGUGCCUACAUCGCAUCCAGGUUUCAUGCCACCACCAAGUCAGACUCCGAACCAGUUUUCGCAAGGGCCUCCGUCGAUGCAGGGUCCCCCGAUGAGUCAGGCCAGUCAGCAACCUUUGGGUUCCGGGCAGAUGCCACCCCCCCCGCAACCAGGUCUUCCGCCGCAGUCCGGGCCGAUGGCUCGGCAGCCUGGCCCUCCAGGGCCGAUGAACCCGGGCUUUCAACAGCCGGGGCAAGGUCCACCACAAGGUCUUCCACCACAGAUGGGUCCCCCGUCGAGUCAGCCGGGGCUCCCCCCGCAGCCUUCCGGCCCAUUAACUUCUCAACCGGGGCCCAUGCCUCCAAGUUCACGGUCCGGUCCCUCAAACUUGCCUCCUCAGCCAGAAUCGAGUUCUGAUUCAAGUCGCCCACCCUUUCCCCCACAACAGGGGCAGUCUGGACCUCACGGUCAGCCAGGGCAACCUGGGUUCCCUAGUCAGCCCGGUUUACCUCCACAACCGGGCAUGCCUCCUCAGCAAAGUAUGCAGCAGCCAGGGCUUCCGCCACAACCUGGGAUGCCCCCACAACCACAGACUGGUUUUCCGUCCCAACCCGGUCAGCAGGCUCAGAAACCAGGGUUAAAUCAGCCGGGCAUGCCUCCUCAUCCUGGUAUGCCGCCCCACCCGGGUAUGCCGCCUCAUCCUGGCAUGCCGUCACAGCCAGGCAUGCCUUCUCAAGGUUUAUCUCAACCAGGUCUACCACCACAACCUGGGAUGCAACCCAAACCUAUGAUGCAGCAACCUGGCAUGCCUCCACAGCCUGGUAUGCCUCCUCAACCCGGAAUGCCUCCUCAACCCGGAAUGCCUCCUCAACCCGGGAUGCACCAGCCCGGUCUUCCACCGCAACCGGGUAUGCCGCCGCAUCCGGGAAUGCAACAACCAGGGAUGCCUCCGCAACCAGGAAUGCAGCAACCGGGAAUGCCACCACAACCUGGAAUGCCGCCACAACCAGGGAUGCCUCCACAACCAGGAAUGCCUCCUCAACCGGGAAUGCAGCAGCAAUACCAAUCGAUGCCUGGUCUCCCGCACAUGCCACCGCCUCUUGGCCAGCAAAGACAGUAUCCUGGGAUGCCGCCAGUGAGCCAGCAGCCGGGCUUUCAGCAGGGCUACCAGCAACCUCAGUCGGGAUACCCUCCGCAGCCGCCGUUCCCUGGACAACAGCCCAGUUACCCUGGUCAGCAGCAGCCUCAGAAGAGGCUUGACCCUGACAAUAUGCCUAGUCCGAUCCAAGUAAUGGCCGACGACCAACAAAACCGCGGGGGUAUCUUCGUAACGAACGAGAAGGGUUUGGUGCCGCCGCUCGUCACCACCGACUUCGUCGUCGACGACAAGGGAAAUGCCAGUCCUCGGUACAUAAGAAGCUCAAUGUACAGCGUGCCAGUGACGGCCGACUUGCUCAAACAGACCUCGAUGCCUUUCUGCUUGGUUCUAGCUCCAAUGGCUGAAACAGUGGGUUCUGAACUGGAGCCACCACUGUUGGACUUUGCAGCGCUGACCAACUCGCCGACCAUGGGCCCUGUGCGUUGCUGUCGCUGCAAGGCUUACAUGUGCCCGAACAUGAAGUUUAUUGACGCCGGCAGACACUUCAAGUGUGCCUUCUGUAAAGCUACUACUGAGGUGCCAAUGGAGUACACGCAAUACGUGAACAGCAUGCAGCAGUAUGGACGCAUGCCGGCCGAGAUGGCGCUGGGCGCUUACGAGAUCGUCGCCACCAAGGAGUACUGCCGGAAUAACACACUGCCGAACCCGCCGGCGAUAAUCUUCGUGAUCGACGUGUCAUACAACGCCGUCAAGAGCGGCCUGCUGCAGACUGUAUGCGACAACAUCUCAGAGUUCAUCGAGGCUAUGCCCAAAGACCCUCAGACAGGACAAACGUGGACAAGAGUGGGAUUCAUCACUUACAGCUCAACCGUGCAUUUCUAUAACAUUAAGGGUUCCUUAGCGCAACCACAGAUGUUCUCCGUGGGCGACGUCCAAGACAUGUUCGUGCCUCUACUGGAAGGACUGCUGGUGCGCGCUGAAGACAGCGGGCCCGUGCUGCAACAGCUGCUGCAGCAGCUGCCCGCGCUGUUCAAGGACAAUAAGGAGACGGAGACAAUACUGCUGCCAGCUGUACAGGCAGGACUAGAAGCCCUGAAGGCAGCGGACACAGCAGGCCAGCUGCUUGUGUUCCACACGUCGCUGCCGUCGCUGGGCACGGCGCCCGGCCGCCUGGCCAGCCGCGAGGACCGCAAGCUGCUCGGCACCGACAAGGAGAAGACCAUCCUGGCUCCUCAGACAACUCUAUACAACGAGCUGGGCCAGCUGUGCUCGGCGGCAGGUGUGUGCGUGGAGUUAUUCGUGGCCAACAACGCGUACGUGGACGCCGCCACCAUCGGCCAGCUGCCGCGCCUCACUGGCGGACAGCUGCACAAGUAUACCUACUUCACGGCGGACAUCGACGGCCCGCGCCUUGUAGCGGACGUAAAACGCGUAGUAUCGCGGCCCACUGCACACGAUGCUGUUAUGCGCGUGCGUACGUCAACCGGCGUGCGCGCCACAGACUUCUACGGGCACUUCUUCAUGUCUAACACCACGGAUGUGGAGCUUGCUGCUAUUGAUGCGGACAAAGCGAUCGGCAUCGAGAUCAAGCACGACGACAAGUUAACAGCAGAAGACGGCGUCUACAUCCAGGCAGCCUUACUCUACACGCACCGCUCCGGCCAGCGGCGCCUGCGCAUUCUCAACCUGGCGCUGAACGUGGCGCACCAGCUGGCCGACGUCUACCGAAGCAUGGAGCUCGACACCUGCGUCAACUUCCUCACGAAGCAAGCCGUAUGGGCGCUUCGAGACGCCGGCCCGCGCGCGGUCCGCGAAGCCCUAUCAGCUCGCUGCGCCCGCUCACUAGCGGCCUACAGACGGCACUGCGCAUCGCCGUCGUCGGCGGGCCAGCUCGUGCUGCCCGAGUCGAUGAAGCUGCUGCCGUUGUACACCAGCUGUUUGUUGCGGUCUGACGCGCUCGCGGGAGGUCCGGACAUAACGUGCGACGACCGCUCGUGCGCCAUGUACCGCGCGCUGACGGCGGGCGUGGAGCAGUCGGUGGUGUUCACGUACCCGCGCCUGCUGCCGCUGCACGUGCUGCCGCGCGAGCGCCCGCAGCCGCUGCGGGCCUCCGUCGACAAGAUGCACGACCACGGCGUCUACCUGCUCGAGAACGGCGUGCACAUGCUCCUCUGGGUAGGCUCGGCCGCCUCGCCGGAGUUCGUCCGCGACGUGUUCGGCGCCGCCUCGCCGCAACACAUCGACACACAAGUGGCCGAACUGCCGGAACUUGACAACCCUACGAGCCAGGCGGCGCGCGCGCUGGUUGAAGAAGCUAGAGUGAAGCGACGCAAUGCUAUGAGGCUAACCCUAAUGCGACAACACGACAAACUAGAAGCGGUCCUACGACACUUCCUUGUGGAGGACCGCGGCGUGGACGGCAGCGCGUCCUACGUGGACUACCUCUGCCACGUGCACAAGGAGAUCCGGGCGAUGCUAUAGCCCGAGUAUUAACACCAGCACCGCUGGCGCCUGGAACACUUCCUCGACUGGUGAGCGACAUUGUCAAACGCAUAGGCCGAGUCUGUUAAAUUU